GACUUCCGCUUUCAUAUUCCUCCGGAAGGAAGUGUGUUCUUUGAUAUGAGUUUGAUACUCUUAUUUUUAAGCAGAUGAAGUGGUUUCGUUGCUGUUUCGUGUUGCCUGUGGUUCAUUUCAGCAUCUGUGUUCGCAUAAGACUAACAUUGUGUGUUUGAGUGAACGCCACCGUCGUUCUGCUGUUUCUCCGACUCUCAGGAUCCGUUCAGCUGAAUGAUUAGUUUGUCAUUUCCACCCAGAGUAAGUGUUGGAGAUCUCACUCUUCUGUCUGUUCAGCUGCAUCAUGGAAGACACACGAACACCCCGAGAUCAAGAGCUUUCUCCAGGAUGCAGUUCAGUUCAUCAGAAGAGAUCAGAACCAGAGCCCAGCUGUGUGUUUAUGAAGAGUGACGAGUCUAUAGAUCAUCCACAACAUUUCAGUUCAGUUCACCAGAAGAAAUCAGAACCAGAGCCCAGCUGUGUGUCUAUGAAGAGUAACGAAUCUUUGCAUCAUCCAGUUAAUUUUAAGAGUGAAGACACAAGGUUUAACCUCAAUUCAGUUCAUCAGAAGAGAUCAGAACCAGAGCCCAGCUGUGUGUUUAUGAAAAGUGACGAGUCUAUAGAUCAUCCACACAAUCUCAGUUCAGUUCACCAGAAGAAAUCAGAACCAGAGCCCAGCUGUCUGUCUAUGAAAAGUGACGCUUCUUUGCAUCAUCCAGUUAAUUUUAAGAGUGAAGACACAAGGUCAAUCCUGCCACCCAGAUCAGAAACAAAACCCAUCUGUGAGAAAUAUGACCAGUCUAUGAAUCAACCACAAGACAGCACGUAUCCUGGUGUGAGCCAUGAAGUCCUCAUCAUGUUUAGAUCAAAUCUGAUGAAGAAGUUUGAGCGUCUGUAUGAGGGAACAGCGACGCAGGGAAACCCAACACUCCUGAAUGAGAUCUACACAGAGCUCUACAUCACAGAGAGUGAGAGUGGAGAGAUCAGUAAUGAGCAUGAGGUGAGACAGAUUGAGACACAAUCCAGGAGAGCAGCAACAGAGGACACAGCCAUCAAAUGCAAUGACGUCUUGAAGGACUGGUUUCAACUCAAUUCAUCAAAACAUGUUUCAUUAUCUGAGCUGCAUCAGAGAGCUGUGGAUGAGGCUCUACAGAGUAAAAAUGGACAUCUGGAUCUUUUCCUGCGGUUCCUUCUGGGUUUGUCAAAGAACAGAAUAAUCCUGAAAAUAUGA